AUUUAAAACCGUUUCCGAGGCUUUUUUACCUGUCGUCCUAUAACAUUUUUCUCUCCCUCUUAAGAGAGAGCCUCCAGCCUCCAUCAAGCAUACAAUACAGGACCAGUCCCUUUCUCUCUUCUCUCUUAGCUUAGCUGAAGAUUCUCCUUCUUCUUUUCAUAUCUCGGUGAAUAUUCUGUUUCUUCAAUAUCUAAGAUGUCGAAAGCCGGCGCAUUCGAUCUCGCUUCCGGUCUCGGCGGAAAGAUCGAGAAAACCGAAGUUCUCUCCGCCGUCGAAAAAUAUGAGAAGUAUCAUGUCCAUUAUGGAGGUGCUGAGGAAGAGAGAAAAGCCAACUAUACUGACAUGGUUAAUAAAUACUAUGACCUUGUUACUAGCUUUUAUGAGUUUGGCUGGGGGGAGUCUUUCCAUUUUGCACACAGAGUUAAAGGGGAGUCUCUUCGAGAAAGCAUCAAGAGACAUGAGCACUUUCUUGCUUUGCAGCUUGGUCUGAAACCUGGACAGAAGGUCUUGGAUGUAGGAUGUGGAAUUGGUGGACCACUGAGAGAAAUUGCUCGAUUCAGCUUGACAUCUGUUACAGGGCUUAACAACAAUGAAUAUCAGAUAUCAAGAGGGAAGGAACUGAAUCGGAUUGCAGGAGUGGACAAGACCUGUGAUUUUGUGAAGGCUGACUUCAUGAAAAUGCCAUUUCCCGACAGUAGUUUUGAUGCAGUUUAUGCGAUUGAAGCUACUUGCCAUGCACCAGAUGCAUAUGGAUGCUACAGCCAGAUUUACAGAGUAUUGAAGCCUGGACAACGUUUUGCUGCAUAUGAAUGGUGCAUGACUGAUUCUUUUGAUCCCAAUAACCAAGAACAUCAGAAAAUUAAGGCGGAAAUUGAGAUUGGUGAUGGCCUUCCAGACAUUAGGUCAACUGCUCAAUGCAUUGAAGCUCUCAAAAAAGCUGGUUUUGAGGUCAUUUGGUCAAAAGAUCUUGCAACAAGCUCACCUGUGCCAUGGUACUUGCCCUUGGACAAAAAUCACUUUUCUUUCAGUAGCUUCCGAUUAACAGCUCUUGGGAGGUUUUUCACAAAAAACAUGGUGAAGGCCCUAGAAUUUGUGGGACUUGCUCCAAAGGGAAGUCAAAGGGUUCAAGAUUUUCUGGAGAAAGCUGCAGAGGGAUUAGUUGAAGGUGGAAGGAGGGAGAUUUUCACCCCAAUGUUUUUCUUCUUGGCUCAGAAACCACAUUCAGAGAGUCAGUAAGCUUUUAUUCAAAUUAUGCAGCCUACUGCUUUAACUAUUAAACCUUCCUGGUUAUUCGAUACUUGCUAUGACAAUGAUAGGCAACUUCUAUGCAAUGAUCCUGCGCGUUUAAUUUCUAGCAUCGGUUUGUUCCUUUUUUUCUUUUUUUUUUUGGUGCUAUUUGCAUGAUAUUCCAUUAGAUUUCUGUUUCAAUGCGUGUUUAUUAACCAGUGUAAACGAUGUUAUUUAACCAUUUUAAGCUAUUAAAAUUUCACAUUGUCGCUGUAGCCAGCAUUUUUGUCUA